CUGCUGCGUAAAAGACAAGGAGGGCGGAGCGCUCUUGCUCAUAAGGAGUAGCGGAGGCGGUCGUAGGCGAGAGGGGAGAGUAGGUGGCGAUGGCUGUGGAAAGCGCUCGCGAUUACGCGGUGGUUUUGCUGCGAUCUCUAGUAUCAGUGGGAACAUCAGUAGGAUCAGUAACAAGACAAGCCCUGCUUGCUCCUCUUCCAUCUGCAGCUCGGCCUUUCCGUAUUUGUAACCAUGACAGAAGCAGCCGGAAAGGAGUUGUGGCAAGCAGUUUACAGGAGCUUAUCAACAAGACCUUGGAUGCGUUGAUGAUAACUGCUGGAUUAAUAACACUGGUUCUAGAAGAAGAUGGAACAGUGGUGGAUACUGAAGACUUCUUCCAGUCACUAGGGGAUAAUACACAACUCAUGCUUUUGGAUAAGGGACAGAAAUGGAAGCCAGGACCAAAUUAUGGUACUGCAACAAUACAGCAACCAAAGAAAAUGGGAGUAGCAAAUAUUACUUUGGAUUUGUACAAACUGAAUCCUAAGGACUUCAUUGGUUGUCUGAAUGUAAAAGCUACCUUCUAUGAAAUCUAUUCUGUGUCCUAUGACAUCAAGUGUAUGGGAGCAAAAACUGUUCUAAGGAGGAUGCUUCGUUUUCUAUCACAGGUUGCCCAAGUAACAGGGCAACUUCUUCUCCACACCGGAACAUACAUGCUACAAUUAAUGGGUGAUUAUGAAGAUGGUCUGGUUACGGGUGCCAAACACUAAAGUGAACAUAAGAGCCUUUUUAACUGCUUGUUUGUCCACCUAACACUAUAAGCCGGUUUUGGGAAGGAGAGAUUGAGUUACACCUUAAUAUAUUAAGUAUCUCAAGUUUAACUUGGUACACAAAUAUACUUUAAUGUUUAGGCUUUUAUUUAAGGUAAUGAUGUCAUAACUGUAAAUAUGGUCGGAAUCUUUUUAAUGUAACGAAGAGAAAUGUAUUUAAGUUGAGGAAUUCUUGUGCCAUAAACUUCCACUAUGAAGUUCUUCACAUAGCAACACAUGACUCAUACUGACUGAGAACUUUAUUUAAUUCACGUGUGAACAGUCAUAUUGCAAACUCUGAAGUCUCUGACUUUUUUUUUUUUUGCAGAAACUCAGCAUUAACCUCAGCUGUAUUUAAAACUCUCUCGUUGUUGCUAAUCUAUAAAUAAACACAUCUCAGUAU